CAGCAGCAGCCUCCUGCCUGUGUAUAAAAGCCCUCAGUCACUGUGCAAGGAGUACAGAGGAAUCUCAACCCCCUCAGGUGUAUCUGUCUAUCCAACAACCAUGAAGGCCGUCGCUCUGAUCCUUGCUCUGGCAGUCAUCACCGGCUGCCAUGCCCGUGCUGUGCGCCAGGCUGACGAUACCCCCCAAAACUGGGAAGAAACUGUGGAUCGUUUCUGGCAGUACGUCUCUGACCUGAACCAGAAAGCUGAUGGAGUUGUGCAGGACAUCAAGCUCUCCCAGCUCUCCAGGGAGCUAGACACUCUGAUCUCAGACAGCAUGGAAGAGCUGUCAGUAUACAGAGAAAACAUCCAGACCAAACUGGCUCCCUUCACCGAAAGCUCCACCGGCCAGAUGUCCGAGGAUCUGCAGCUGCUGGCCAACAAGCUCCAGAAGGACAUGCUGGAGGCCAAGGAUCGCAGCACUGAGUACCUGGGUGAGCUCAAGAGCAUGGUGGAGCAGAACAGCGGUGAUGUCCACGGCCGCAUCAGCACCUACACCCACAAGCUGAAGAAGCGCCUGAACAAGGACACUGAGGAGAUCCGCAACACCGUCGCCACCUACAUGGGUGAGAUCCAGUCCCGUGCCUCCCAGAACAUGGAGACAGUGAAGGAGAGUGUUGAGCCAUACGUCCAGCAGGCCAGCCAAACCGCCGGCAAGAAGCUGAGCGACAUCUCCACCAUCCUGAAGAGCCAGGCCGAUGUCUUGAGCCAGCAGAUGGAGAUCCAGGCUGCCGACAUCAAGACCCAGCUGGAGAACACCGCCCAGGAGAUCCGUACCUCCAUGGACAGCAAGAUCGAGGAGCUGACCAAGAUGAUCUCCCCCUACGCCACCCAGAUCCGUGAGCAGAUUGAGAACAUCAUGGAAAAGGUCAAGGAGGCCUCUGCAUAAAGAAAGACUUCUUAAUACCCUGGCAAAGAUGGAGGAAGGCGGGGAGUUGAGAGUCACUUUUCAUAUCUUCAUUUGGGAUGUUUUUGUUCAGUGUAAGGGGGGUUAAUGAGAGGAAGGAUGAUGAGGUUUACAGUUGAAUCAGAUCAAUCAGCAGAUACACUUCUGUUGUCACCCUUUCUUCUCUUAUCAACUCCCUUAACCUUUGGACACCAGCCCCCCACUCAAUUACACAGACAUUCUUUGUCAUAUGCUUCACUUUUCUAACUGUAAACUGUUCUGUCUGUCCUUCCAAGGUUUUGUACAUUUUGUUUAACCUGUAUCGCCUCUAAACACACACACACACACACAAGUGUCUCUCAUUUCAAAUAAUGCACUGAAUUAUGAUGAACCACGAAAGUGCCCUUCUGUAUUAUCUGCAUUUGUCAUUGUGCCUCACAGAAAAGUGGGAUUUAAAAUGCUGUCCGUUCUUUACUCUGACGUAGUGCCCACCAUGCUGCCCACUGUGAGUGCACUGUGUGCUGAACAGUGCUGAGAAAAUAAAGAACUUAGAAAAUA